CAACAACAAAAGAGUAAUCGGAUUUGAUAUCCGAAGAUACUCACAAAUACGAAUGAAGUAUCGGUCUACUAACUUGUCUAGAUUACGGUUUCUAUAUAAGGCCUUUUUUUGUUCCAUGAUAGAAGUGGCGGUCUGUCGACCGUCUUUCAUUUUUUUGAUUUUUUCCUUUAUAAUAAUAAUAAUAACAGACAAAAGGCACGACAAGAUAUGGGUGUCUAUAUAUAUACAAACACACAUAAGCAUAUGUUACGCAUAUAGUAUACUUUUUUUUUAUGUAUAUAAUAUACUUUUUAUCCGCACCACAACGAAUGGGUUAGUUGUCGAACAUUACUUCAAGAGGAGUCAUUGUCAUGGAAACGGAUACUACUGUACCCAUUCUUGCCGGCGAUUGCGACACCGGCGAUGGCAAGCGACCACGAAUGGCUGAUACGGAACUCACCGUUGACGGCCAGGGCAAAUCUGUUAAACUACCAAAAAUCGAAGAAAACGGAGAUGUAGGGUCGACAUCAGAAGCAACAGACGUCCCUGUCGAUUCACUGAUGGCUGACGUGGUAAUUAACGAUCAAGAAGGAAAAAAAAAAGCCGGCCACGGAGUAGUCUCAGUCAUGGGACGGCAGAGAGCUAUGACAACCGCCGUUUCCACCGUCAUCGACGAGAUUCCAUCUUACGAUAUUUUUGGAAUCUUCAACGGUCUUAGGCUCGCUAAAUUCUUCGAGGAGAGGCUCUGUCGACUCGUGAAGGAGGAAGUAACAGCAUGCCACGGCCGUGGAGUGGCGGUUGACUGGAACAAAGUUAUGAGAUCAUGUUUUUUGGAGGCGGUGGGUACGGUGGGGACCUCCACAGCGAAAGCGGUGGUAACAAUAGUCGGAAAAGAGGAGGUGAUUGUACUUUGUCGUGGCGGUGCAAGGAUGGUUCUUUACUCUCACGGCGGAAUCGCUUUACCCCUUUGCCAUCUCCAUCACCACCAGAGCGGUGUAGAUCAAAAAUUGAAGAUCCAUAAGCGAACAAUGAUAGAUGAUUUCAUUGUACUGGCAUGCGAAGGCCUAUGGGAGGUUGUCUCCGACGACGACACAUAUCAGCUUGUCAAACGUUGUCUGUACGGCAAUUCACCUGACGGAGUGAAAAGUGAAUCAAGCUCGACAAAGGCUGCGGUGGUUUUGGCAGAGCUUGCAAUUGCUAGAGGAAGCAAAGAGAAUAUAAAUGUCAUCGUUAUUGACCUCAAAAGCUCUACCGCUUCUUAGUGUCCCUCCAUAUUGAUAACUAGUUGUGAUUCUCAAUUAUUGAUAGUUUUCAUUUCAUUUUUGUUUUCAGUUUUAUAUCCUUUUCUAGAGUAUUUUUUGUUUGUUUUGUUUUGUGGGUUUAGAUACUACUUUGUGUUUUGUUCCAUUAGCUUUUCUUUGUUUUUGGUUAUUUUGUUUUUAAUUUUCACUUGUAUUUUUUAAUAGAUAGAAUUUACUUCAAUUUUUUUUUUUCACUCACGCUUUGUCACUCUCCUCGAUGGCAAG